AUGGCUUCUCAAAAUGUGCGUUACCAUCCUUACAGCCAAUCAACUCUGUCACUCAGUGGUGAUAGCUCCCCUGACGUCUUCAAUGAUACCAUGGGAGGCGGCACAUCCUCUUUGUUUUGUCGCAAACCGGCACACAACAAGACAAAUCCAAUCCUUGAAAGGAUCCUGCAAGAGCUGGGAAACUUGUCCAACAAGUCCUCCCAAUUUGAGACAAUGUCAGGCCAGAUUGAUCAGGUGGCAGAGGCUACGUCAACCUUGUCAAACAAGAUCAAUGCCUUGUCAAUCAAGAUGGAGAAGGUUAUCGAGACGGUUGCCUCUUUAUCCUCUGCCCAGCAAGUCUUGACCUUGCCCAACAAGGUCGAUCAUCUUGCUGCGACAGUGGCCCAGCUGUCCUCUGCCUCUGCGCAAGGGACCACCUCUCCUGGUCUUGGGGCCAACCCAGUGGCCACCACCAACCAAGUUGCUCCUUGGGCGGUCUUGACCGCUUUAAAGGAGCGAGUUUAUCAGUUGGCCUAUGCACUGGUUCCCGAAGCUACUCUUGACACUUACACUGCUAUUCACAAAGAGUUCAGGCCAUUGGUGGCCAAUGGGUGGUUAAGCACCUCCCACCUACCAUCAACGGGUUCCAGGAUGUGCCAGCGGGGAAGCUUUACAAUAAGUUGGUUAACUGGCAAGCAUGUGCGAGAGAAGAUGCAUCUUCUGAUCACCAGUGUCUGCAACACUAACCCCAAUGACCUGGAUGUGGAGGCCUUGUCCUUGUGGAACCGAUUGAGUUGGGCCCAUUGCCUUUGUGUGGCAUAUCUGUUCUGGUUUCACAGUGUCGCAAAGCCAUGUGAGUUGUACGGGAUGGCGGCAAUAUCUGGACACAUGUUGACCAACAACUGGCCAGAAUGCGUGAGCGUGGGCCACUUUACACUACAGCUGUAUGGGGAUACUUCAUGUGUUUCUUUGCGAUAUAGCCUGUAG